AUGAAGAUCAAAACAGCAACUACAAACUCGCCAUGGAUGGUUGGGAUUCCGAAGGAUAACAUCUACGCAAUCGACAAACAAUGUGCCGCUGAUGGUGACGUGGAACGUUGUGCGACGCUCUACGAGGAGUGCUUGAGGAAACUGGUGAAGGAAAAAACACUGCCACUAUGUCCAAAUGGCCAAUAUCCUCAGUUCGAUCUCCAGCUUCAAGGGAUGGGUCCUGAUGGCCACAUGGCGUCUCUCUUCCCGAACCGUCCUCAGAUCAAUGUGACGGACAAAUGGGUCACUUACAUUACCGACUCUCCAAAACCGCCACCAAAGAGAAUUACAUUCACUUUACCGGUCAUCAACUCGUCUUUGUACAAUCUUGUGGCCGUUUGCGACGACAACACAGACCAAUGUGCACGUUCCAUCGCUGAUAUCUUUAAGAACAACAAUCUCGACUUACCUGCUGCUCAUCUUACUGCUCAACUCGAAGAAAUAUGGUACCUUGACAAAGCAGCCGCUUCAUUGCUUUAG